GUUUCCGGGGGUUUUCUUCAAUCAAUAUGGGUGGUAAUCAUGUCAGCGCUUUGGAAUUUUUGCCGGAUUUUGUUUUCUUCUUUCACUUCUUGCCUGUAUUGUCAAGAGAUUGAGCUUGUUCGUUUUUUGUUAGUUUAAUUGCUAUUACCUAUCUUUGCUUACCGAAAACACCUAGGUGUAUCCACCUUGACGCAUAUCGACAGAUUCAUCACAUAGAGUGUCCCAAAGCAGCCGACUUGUCCGCGACAGAGGCCGUCUGUGAUCACGAUCCUUCAGCUCUGUGCAGACAUCACAAUCGUUAGCAGAUAGUAUCACGACAAAAGGAGGCCUGUCAAUACUGUUUCACUUGACAACCUGAGGUGUCAAGAACAACCAGCAGGAGUGACAACAAACAAACAACCCAAAGAGAGGGAGCAAACCGAAGAGCAGGCAUAAUAGCACCAGGCAUCGCCGCCGCCAUGGUGUUGCCAACACUCGUCCUGUCCCUAGCGGCCCUCGCCGGCGUCGCGUCGGCGCAGAGCAUGGUGUUCAUCAACCCUCCACCUCAGGGCAGCGAGCCGAACCCGGACAACUUCCCCAAAUUCCAACAGGGGAGCACGGUGACGGUGCGGUGGACAAAGGGCCCGGCUGGCAAGGCCAUGAGCCUUACUCUGUGGCAGCUGGAUCAAAAAACGAUGCAGUUCUUUGGAGAUAUAGAGUAUUUGAGUCAAAACUUCAUCGACAAAGAUUCGUACUCGUGGCUGGUAGCGACGAGGAAAGACCUCAAAAAGUCCAACCUCUUCUACUUUGCCAUCUUCCAAGAGGGAUCCGUGAGAUCCGACUCCAACAGCCAAUACUUCAACAUUACCGUUCCCCCUGACGCACCGCAGACCAGCUCGACGACCAGUGCAGUUUCGACCAGCGCGAAGACCAGGGCAGCGACCACCUCGGCGACCCCCUCGGGAACGACACCCGCCGCCGGGGCCGUGACAUCCACCCCGGCUGCCGAGCAGGGCGAGAGCAGCAACCAAGACUCCGGGCUGAGCAUGGGGGCCAAGAUCGGCAUCGGCGUCGCAGUGCCGCUGGUCGUGCUGGCGGCCAUAGGCGUUGGCGCGUGGCUGUGGUUCAGGAGGCGCAAAGAAGCUGACAGCGCGGUUGGGCAGCCCAUGUUGGGGCCGAGCGGCGGAGGGCCCGGGGCAGGAGGGAUGCUCGAAGCUGGCGGCGGCACCAGGUACAACCCGUCCGAGUUCCCAGGGUCGCCGUCGGCCAUGACGACGACAACAGCGGCGGCGGCCGGGACGCCAUCGCAGUGGGUGCCGGCGACGGCGACGACGCCUGGGUACUGGAGCAGUGGUGGAGCGGCGGGGGCCGGGGGAGAGGAGGCCAACAAGUUCAUGAUGGGUGGGUACUACCAGCCGCCGCCGGCAGAAAUGGGUCCCGGAUCUCCGAGGCCGACGGAGAUGAGCGCCAUGGAGGCGCCGAGGAGGGAGGUGUAUGAGAUGCCGACACCGGAACCCAACUCCGCGGUUCCGAGGUAGCGUUUUCUGGGUGCUUGGGGGUUUGCGAGCGUGUAGCGAUGUUGUUAGCGAAAAGGAAGAGGAGUUGAGGGGUGGGUUCUCUUCUUCCGACCUUGUUUUCUUGCCUUGUUCCAUUCUGCUUGGAUCUUACUGGUUGAUAAUAGCAUCUUUAGACUUUUUUUUUCAUGUUUAUACCCGUUAAUAUACGAUUCAUUCACUAGUUCUAGGCUCUAGUCAAGAUCGGUUGCUUGC